AAUAUGUCAGAUUUUAUAAUGCAUACGAACAAUCCCCUUUUCAAAAAUAAGUUAAAAAUAACCUCUAUAAUUAGAGCUUUGUUGAAGGUCUAAUACCAAAUGAACAAGAGCUUUCGGACUAUUUAUUAUGCGGAGUUUACAGCAAAAGAUGGACGAAUCGAUUCUCUCUUUUUGAACAUACAGAGUCUUCUUUAAAUACAAUCUUUUUUUUUUCUUUGGGUUUUCGACAGAAAAGUUUUUUUUUUUUUUUUAGACAGAGAUGCACUUGGGAUUACUUUCUCAUGGUCAAUUGAGCUUUGAUCCUUUUAAGCCGAUUAUACUACGAGGUUUACCUACUGAAGAUGCUUCGACAUUAUUUGCGGGCAAUGUGGUUUUGAAUCUGUCAAAACCCACAAAGAUCUCGAACGUUUCCGUAACCUUAAAAAGCCAUGCGGUUACCUAUUGGCCCGAAGGUAUUGGAGCACGUGGUACACGAUUAACAGCAGAAAAGCCGUUGGGAGAACAAAGCGUGGAAAUCUUGGCACCUAAUAUUGAUAAAAAGGCACCCGUAUUAGUUUUACCUGCGGGAAUUCAUCGUUUCUCAUUUGCGUUUGUGAUACCUAAUUCUACUGUGGCCACGAUUGAAGAUACCUUUGGAAGGGUGCGUCAUGUUGUGGACGCUGAAGUACAAAGGCCUGGAAUGAUGGUCUCUAGUUGGAACAUCACUAAGCCUGUUAUGAUAUUACGAACUUAUAUGUCUAACUCGCUUUUGGUGAAUAAUUCAUUAAAUAAUUUAUCAAGAACAUUUGAAAAACACAUGGUGUAUGGUGAUAUUGAAGUUGUGAUUGAAGCAGCAGCCUUUUCAUCGGGUGAUUUAUUCUAUAUUCGCAUGAUUGUUGAACCUCAAUUAAAGCAUACACGAAUUGAACAUAUAGAAGUCAAUGUCACUGAAUCAAGAAAAUAUUGUGUACCAGAGAUGAGAGCCUGGAGAACAGACAAGUCUGUCUAUCCAUUACCAUUUGCAGGUUCUGUUCGAUUAGCUGAAUUUGGAGAGGUAGAUGUUACGACCAACCAGUUAUUACCAAUUUUUGAUAAGAGUCAAAAUGGUAUUGAACUCGUGCAUGAUUUUGCUCAUCGUUUGGCUUUUUAUGCACCAACCUGUCAACAAAAUAUUCGACAUACGACUUAUAUCAAGGAGAUAUUGAUCAAACACCAUAUUGAAAUUAAUGUAACCAUGUCUUAUUUAGACAUACAGGGUCAUCGACAACACCUGAGUCGUAGAGGGAGUAUUGGAGAGGCAGAAUCUCCCGGUACCCUAACACCACCUCCCGCAGCGUAUCUUCAUCCGCGUGCUAACGGGAACUCAACUCCGGUAACUUGGCAAAAUGUACUACAACGAUUAAACAAGGCCAAAGCGGAAGACGUACAUAAUCGAAAGAAAGAUACGAUUAGUUUAGAUUCUAGUGUGAUUGUAUUUGAUUGUAGGCUUAAAGAAGAUUAUGGUCGACUUCCAUCUUACUCUGAAUUAGGAGUGAAGCCAUCUAUUGUGAAAGAAAAGAAGCAAGAUAAGAUCAAGUUAACUAAAAUGGACACACCCAAGAAUCAGCCUAGACCCUACUUAUGUCCAUGCUAUGAACAUUUCUCAUAUGAAAUGGAUUUGGCGUCACAAGAAAUGUUCUUACCUGCCACCGAUAAACUACCUGCAAUGCCUUUAUUGGAUCGUAUACCAUCCAUUCCCCCACCAGAGUACUCAGCCUAAUAAUCUCUAUACCCUUUCUCGUCUCUCUCUCUCUCUCUCCCCCCAUUACUAUCUAAUUCCAUGUUUGGGGAAAAUAAAAUUUAGAUUAUGAUUUAAUAUAUCCACGUUUUCUCUUU